CCCGCUCUUACGAAUGUAUACAAAAACAAGACAAAAAUGUGGUUCUAGUUUUUAUUAUAAAUUACGUAAAUCUUUACUUUCUUAUUAUGCAAAUUCAUUUUUAGAUACAUGCUAAAAAUGUAGAUUGGCACUAGAAAAUGAGACUUUAUGGGAGAUGUUCGAGACGACAAUUUUUCAGUUUCUGGCUUGUUUUGGCUUUGGUUUAUGUAUUUUACGUGGAAUAUUGGGAAUACAUGUGGAACAGUACCACUUGGCAGAAACUGAAAUGUGAAAAUGAAAGAGAUUGUACAAAAAUCCUGCUUGUUGCCGACCCUCAAAUCAUAGGACAACGUAAAGAGAUUAUACAUUUUCUCACACCUUUUAGUAUCUUUGAUAGUGACUUUUAUCUAAAAAAAACGUAUUACUGGGCUUUCAGGUUUGCACAACCUGAUAUUGUUGUAUUUCUGGGUGAUUUAAUGGAUGAAGGUUCAAUCGCCAACAAUGAAGAGUUUUAUGGUUAUGUGCGACGAAUUUUUAACAUUUUCAGUGAUCAAGUACCAUCCACUCUUAAGCAUAUCUGGCUACCUGGUGAUAAUGAUAUUGGUGGUGAGGAAUUCGAUCGAGUGACUGAAGAGAAAUUCAAGCGCUUUCACAGGGCUUUUGCCCAACCUGAACUAAUAUACCACAAAAAUAUCACAUUCUUUAAAAUAAACCGUUUCAUUCAAAGCAUUCCUGUUAUCAAAGAAAGACGAGAUUUUUACGACACUUCUAGAAUUUUUGUUGGACUUAGUCAUGUACCACUCAUGUUUAUUCCCUCAUUGUUUGUUGAAAAAGUUUUUAAUAAAGUGCUACCUCAGGUAUUGUUCACAGCCCACGAACACAAAUCGAUGAUUGUGAGUACAGACGCAUUACUCAGACAAGAUCGUCAAAUUGUUCCUGUGACACCUGACAAUAAUAAAGUCUAUGAAUUUACUUUGGGCAAUACUGACAUGUACGAAUUUAUUAUACCGACGUGUUCGUACAGAAUGGGCACAGAUAAAAUCGGCUAUGGCUUUGCUGUGCUUGAAAAAAAUGAAAUACGAUACACUGUGCUGUGGUCUCCGUCCCGCUUUACGCAACUUCAUAAUUACUCAAUAGUAAUUUGCUUUAUAUUUUUUAACUUUUUGUUUUAUUUUUGUUGCUGUAAGAAAUCAUCAAAGAGGUUUUGCUAAACCGAAUGAGUACCUGCCAAGUAUUUUAGUAUACAAAGCUGCAUUCAGUAUUUUUGCUAGUGCUAAAACUUGAUGUUUUAGUCAAUCGAAAAAAAAAACAAUUUAAUAUAAUAAGUAAUAAUCCAUCAACUUAAAACGUAUCGUGUUGUACUUUAAAAGUACUUAAAUUUUUAUUACAAAAUAGUAACAUAUCGUACUACCAAUUGGUGGGAUUACUAAUUAUUGAAACUAAUUAACUAUUGAUAUUCAAUAUGUAGCAGCAAAAAUAUUCUGACAUAUCUUUAAUGUACAUAUGUACAAGUGCAGCAUUAUACAAUUUUUAUUUUUUGAGACUUUAUGUUAGGAUAAAAAAAAGUUAUUACUUUUCACUUUGUAAAGUAAGUUAUGUGAACUGGAACUAGAUUAUUUAUUUACUCUAUUCUAGCUGAGUUUUCAAAUUGUAUUACAGUUUAGAAGAGCUAUGACCAUAACAAUUUAAUAAGACUACGAAAAUGUAAAGAAAAGAUUGAAUCUCUUACGGAUUACAAACAAUGUUUUUUCUGCAAUUACAUGACUUUUAGAAAAGUAUCUCUAGGCAAGUACAAAAUAAUAAUGUUGUUAAAUUGCGCAAUGACUACUUACUGACAUUUCUGUAAACACUCAAAAUGUAGUUUAAAAUGACAAUCUGAGAAAAACAACGAUUUAAAUAUUCUAAAGUCGCAUUAAGAUGGGUGAGGUAAUGGAAGGUGCCAAAUAAAAUUAAUUUUUAUUACAUUCUAAAAUUGUUACCAACUUCUGAAUGACGACACACAUUUUGUAUCUAAAUACGUAUCUUAAGCUUAAUUAAUUUUUCUCAAUAACUAUCAAAUAUAUUACUGUGAUUGUGUGAGAAUCCAUUUCAACUACAUACUCAAUUUUCACAUGCGUGCCAUUUAUGAAUCUCUUUGCAAUAAAUGUUUUUUAUUAUUUUUUGUUUCAACUAUGGCUGAAGUACUCAUCAAAUGCAUUAAUUAUAUAUUUUAAUUUUAGUAUUGUUAUCAAGUACCUAUGCUCUACAUUCAAACAUAUCUGUGUUAUGUAGUUUAUAUGUUAUGUAUCGGGUGAUUAAAAAAUGUGUGGCAUAAUUUUAACCACGAAUAACCCUCUACAAAUGAGAAUAGACAGUACUUAUACUAUAUACAGUACUUAUAUACAGUAUUUAUUGACCCCCCCUCAAAAAAUAGAAAAAUUACAGUUUUCCAAAAAUCGGUAUGAAAAAAUUAUUUUCUGGAAAUAUUUUUGUGCAGAGGUAUUUGUGGUUAAAAUUAUGAAUCAUGCUAUAUAUAAAUUUUAAAAUUAUUAUUAUUAACAUAAAUAAAAUAUUUCAAUGGUUAUUUGUGUUUACUACUAGUAAGGCCCCCUCAGCACACAACUUUUUUAACAAUUUUGCUCCGUUUUUAAAUCUAUAUUUAAAAAGCAAAUGUUUCAGGUAUUCUGCCCUGUUUUUAAGUAGUUUUUAAUUUCUUCUGUUUUUAAAGUACAUAUAUUAAAAAAGCCUUCGGUUCAUGAAGCUAUGGCUACAUUUCUAAGCAUUUCGAUCUGUUUGUACUAUCUGGGUAAGUUCAGCACAACACUUAAAAUUUUAAGGAUUCUUCCCUGUUUUUUAAGGUAGAAGGCAUGUGGAUAAUGAUUUUAAAAGGAAAUUGGUAGGUUUUUCCGACGGGGUAAAACAUUCUGUAAAAUUGAUGUAGUAACUGUAUUUAUUAAUUGUUUUUUUUAAUUUGCAUUUAUAAUACGUUUAUUAACCUCUCUCAGUAGGAG